AUACGUUAGUCGUGGAUUGGUGUUCAAAGAAUCCACAACUCGUCUCUUCCACUCGCGAAAAUUUAUUUCUCGUCGCAAAUCUUUAUUUAAAUUUUGAGAGAUUCUCUUAUUUGUACAGUGUCACAGACCAAUCACGGUUCGAUAAUUCAGUCUCGAUCAGUAAUAUUGUAUAAACGAGAGUUUCAAUUAUACAGGUUCUUUUAAUAGAGUGAUAUUUUCGAAUAACGGCACACUAUUUGGACGAUUGUCUUUUACUCUAUUCUAUUACAUUUACUGAUUUACUGAAAACGUUUAUCGAAACUUAAAAGCAAGUGAAUUCACAGUGAAAUGGUAACGGACAAACCAGAGCCCGACUUCACGGUGGAAAAUAAUAUUUACAUAGGACAAAAAAGGGCGUAUUCCGACACUUGUAAAAGCAUCGGAGAACUAAUUUGGAAAAGAAUUGACAGCUUUAGUGAUAAAGAUGCACAGAUCGAUGCAUGCACAGAAGAACUGGUUACGUAUAAGGAACUCCAGAGAAAAAUUACAAAGUGCGCCAUUUGGCUGCAGGAACAGGAAAUUAAACCAGACGAUAUAAUUAGUGUGUGCACGCAUAACCAGAUAAAUGCUUUCGUGCCGUGUCUCGCAGCGAGUUAUAUCAAUGCUAUCUUCAACUCAUGGGAUGAGAACAUGAAUUUGCAAACUGCGCUGCAUGUGAUGCAAAUGACUAUGCCGAAGGUGAUCUUCUGCAACGAGAAAUCCGUAGGCGUGGUGCUGCAGGCAGUGCGCGAAAAGAAUUACAAGCCCAAGGUGGUGGUCUUCGGCAACCACCCCGACGCAGUUUCGUUCGCGAGGAUUUUGAGCAGCUACAGCGAUGCGCAAGCGGCGCGCUUCCGUUACGUCGAGAAUGACAAUAUCAGGAAAACGUCGUGCAUCUUGCAUUCAUCCGGUACCACGGGAAUACCGAAGGCCAUCGAGUUGUCCAAUUACUCUAUGCUGUCAUUGAAUGAAGAGAGCAAGAUCAAUAUGAACGAGACGGUAACGCUUUGGUUCUCCUCGAUUUACUGGGUCAGUGGUAUAUUGUUGAACCUGAAGGCGAUUAGUCAAGGUGCCAAGGUGAUCGUCUAUCCGAAAUUUGACGAAGAGAUGACGUGUAUCUUAAUCGAGAAGUAUAAGGUGACGUGGCUGUUCAUAGGAACUAGCAUGACAAAUCGAUUCCUCAAAGCCGGUUACGUAAAGAAUUAUUCUUUAUCUACCUUGAAAAUUAUCUUCUGUAGCGGUGCUAUCCUCAAGCCGGAAUCACAGAAGGAACUGAAAAGACUUCUGCCGCACGUCGACAUACUGCAGGCUUACGGAAUGACGGAACUGGGUGGAAUAGCAACGUGCCAGAUGCCGCACCACAAGCUCGGUUCUUGUGGAUCUGUAGUGCCGAAUAUGCAAAUAAAGAUCGUAGAUCCAGAGAGCGGAAAGACUCUCGGCUCGAACGAAAUGGGAGAGCUGUGGGCGAAAUCGGAAAAUAUAAUGACUGGUUAUUACAGAAAUCCCGAGGCGACAAAAAGCACGAUUGACAAGGAAGGAUGGUUGCACUCGGGUGAUCUUUGCUACAUCGAUGAGAAUGGCGAGGUAUUCGUGGUCGACAGGCUGAAAGAGCUCAUAAAAUACAGAGGAUAUCAAAUCUCACCUGCGGAGAUAGAAGAUUUUCUACUAACACAUCCAGCAGUGUUAGAAAUUGCGGUGGUAGCAGUGCCUCAUUCGACGGACGAUGAACAUCCUAUAGCUUACGUCACCAAGAAACACGGAGCUACGGUAACAGAGCAAGAACUGAUCGACUAUGUGGCGAAUAAUAUGAUGGACCAUUUUAAACUUCGUGCCGGAGUAGUGUUCUUGGAUAGUUUACCUUAUACAGAAUCAGGGAAAAUUGCGAAAAAGGAAUUAAGAGCAUUGGCUAAGAAAUUAGCGAUUGAAUGAAAUAUAUUGAGGACAUGAACUCUUGUUCAUGUCAUCAAAAUUACAGAUAUUUAUGCGAUUAAAAAGGGGACAAAUGUGACAGAUAAUUGUUUUAUAAUUUAAGAAAUUAUGAUUUAUGUA